AUGACCGGGCUUCUCUCUGCCUUGUUCCAUGCGCAGUUACGCACAGAUUAUCGCACAAGCCUGGUUGUGUGCGCGAGUGUAGCGCGCCACAGUGUCGCGAACGGUCCGAACAACAAGACGCAGUCUUUACGCAUGGAAAUAAUGAGCUCCCUUCAAAUGGACAGUGACUUGCAGAAGAAGAUUGACCAUGAGAUCCGGAUGCGGGAUGGGGCUUGUAAACUGCUGGCUGCUUGUUCCCAGAAGGACCAGGCGUUGGAAGCUGCAAAGAGCCUGCAGACAUGUAGCACUCGUAUCAUGGCAUAUAUGUCAGAACUACAAAGGAUGAAGGAGGCCCAGGUCAUGCAAAAGAUCACACGGAGGUCCUCGGAUGCAGGGCCACUCGACGACCGGCAGCCAUGUAAAGGGAAAGUGGCUAUUUCAGAUCUCCGUAUCCCCCUCAUGUGGAAAGACACAGAGUACUUCAAAAACAAAGGAGAGCUCCACCGCUGUGCUGUGUUCUGCCUGCUGCAGCUGGGAGGAGAGAUCUUUGACACAGAUAUGGUUAUUGUUGACCGAACACUCACUGAUAUCUGCUUCGACAACACAAUAGUAUUUAAUGAGGCCGGUCCUGGGUUUGAGCUCCGUGUGGAGCUGUAUAGCUGCUGUUCAGAAGAUGAUUACUCAGCAGGAAGUACACCGAGAAAACUGGCCAGUAAACUGAGCUCCUCUUUGGGAAGAUCUGCUGGCAAGAAGCUUCGAGCUGCUAUGGAGCCUGGAGCAUGUCCCAUCAGCAAUGGAGGAGCUUCUCCUCUGCUGCUCCCUGUCCCAUCUGUACCGGGCCCAAAAUACCACCUUCUUGCACAUACUAUACUGAAACUGUCUCAUGUCCAAGACAACUUUCGCACACAUGACCUCACAAUCUCAGGAAAUGAGGAGUGCUCAUACUGGCUGCCUCUCUAUGGAAGCAUGUGUUGCCGCCUUGCUGCUCAGCCUCACUGUAUGACUAAACAAAUGAUGAGCGGAUCCUUAAAAGUAAAGCAAUUAGGAGGAGAGCCCCAGAAUUGGACCAAAGUACAUGCAGUACUGAAAGGAGCAAGUCUUUCCUGCUAUCACAGGCUUGAAGAUGUUGAGGCAAAUGUUGAACCGGCCUUUACUAUUGGAAUCAACAAGGAGACCAGAAUACGUGCAGCAGAGAAGGACCCCGACAGUAAAGGUCAGCAUAUUUGCAUCAGUAAUCAGUAUGGAGGAGACGAGGUCACACACACCGUCACUACAGACAGUCGAGAUGAAACACACCGCUGGAUGGAAGCUUUCUGGCAACAUUUCUAUGACAUGAGUCAAUGGAAACAGUGCUGCGAUGACCUUAUGAAAAUCGAACUGCCAUCCCCACGAAAACCGCCACUGGUUACUCCAAAACAAGGGUCCCUUUAUCAUGAAAUGGUUAUUGAGUCGUCUGAUGACCUCAGCUCCACAGUGUCAGACAUUCUGGCCCGGAGGAUGCAGGAGCUGGAGCUCCGUAGUCAGCUGGGCACAUCUCCUUGGAUGACUUUGUUUGAGGAGAAUAUCCAGAAAAGCGCUGGUCGCCCUCGUCCCUGUGACUCUCGCUUGUUGGGCCCCAGCCCCUGCUCCCCUCACCGCCCACCACGGAGCCCCAUGAGCCCGCAGAGGUACCCACAGCUGGGUCUGUUGUCCUCAGAGGCCAGCCUGACUUCAGACAGUGACAGUCACUGCAGCACCAGUCCCUGCUCUCAGAAACACGCUUGGCCGGACUCAAACUUCUCUCUACUGUCAUCUUCCCCAUCCCGUCUGAGGCCACGGACUUUAUCUCUAGAUGCAAAGCUCAGCACCCUCCGAGGCAGAGGCUAUGGGGCCUACCAGUGCCCCUGUCAAACUCAACCCUCUUCUAUUGUGAAUCCUCUCCAGACGCCUCGAUCGCCCCAAUCCCUCUGCAGUACACAGACCACUCUCUCAUGCUCUAGCUCUACCUCCAGUAACAGCUCCAGUAACAGUGAAGGCAACCACAGCCUGGAUCUGACUGAAGGAGUCCCCUUUUCAAGGCCCUCCCCAGCUCGCCGCAGUCUCAGGAACUUACGGGUCAGACUUGAUCCACGUAACUGGCUCCAAAGCCAGGUGUGA